GGUCUGGUCGGAAUCAGCUGACUAAUCCGAGUUCAGUGUCGAUUCAGAUAGAGAAGCACGUUUUGAAUUAUUUUAGAUUCUGGCUGAUCGCUGUGAUAUAUUAAAAGGUAGAAUAAAAUGGACGAAAGCCAGGCUCUGUUUGUGGGCGAGGAUAACAAGUCUCGGUCAGUCUCUGUGGAUCUCCACCAUGACUCCUUGCUCCAGGUGGAGAUUUCGGACGCGGUCAGCGAGCGGGACAAGGUCAAGUUCACCGUCCACACCAAGACUAGCCUGCCUCGCUUCAAGAGAGCGGAGUUCUCCGUGGUCAGACAGCACGAGGAGUUCAUCUGGCUUCACGACACUUACCUGGAGAAUGAGGACUAUGCCGGGAUCAUCAUCCCUCCCGCACCCCCCAAGCCAGAUUUCGAGGCGUCCCGAGAGAAGCUGCAGAAGCUGGGGGAGGGCGACGGUUCGAUGACCCGCGAGGAGUUCGCCAAGAUGAAGCAGGAACUGGAAGCGGAGUACCUGGCGAUCUUUAAGAAGACCGUGGCGAUGCACGAGGUGUUUCUACAGAGACUGGCAGCGCACCCUGUACUGAGGAGAGACCACAACUUCUACGUGUUCCUGGAGUACGACCAAGACCUGAGCGUACGAGGGAAGAACAAGAAGGAAAUCUUUGGCGGCUUCUUCAAGAACAUGGUGAAGACCGCCGACGAAGCCCUGAUUGCCAGCACGUCCGGCCUAAAGGAAGUGGACGACUUCUUUGACCACGAGAGGACCUUCCUCCUGGAGUACCACGUCCGGGUGAAGGACGCCAGCAUGAAGGCUGACCGGAUGACCAGAUCACACAAAAAUGUAGCUGAAGGUUACAUCCCCAUUUCAUCUGUGUUGAGCAGCCUAGGGACCCAGGAAAGCAGCAUUGUCAACAGGAACUUUCUGAAACUUGCAGAGCUGUUUGAGAAACUCCGGAAGGUCGAGGGACGAGUGGCUUCGGACAAGGAUCUCAAACUCUCAGACCUGCUCCGAUACUACAUGAGAGACUCACAGGCUGCCAAGGACCUGCUGUACCGCCGGGUGCGCUCGCUGGCGGAUUAUGAGAACGCCAAUAAGGUCCUGGACAAGGCGCGCAUGAAGAACAAGGAGGUGAAGCAGGCAGAGGGGCACCAGCAGCUCUGCUGUCACAGAUUCGAGAAGCUCUCCGGAUCCGCCAAGCAAGAGCUAAUGGAUUUCAAGGUGAGGAGGGUGUCUGCCUUCAGGAAGAACCUGAUUGAACUGACAGAGCUGGAACUAAAGCACGCCAAGGCGAGUUUGCUGCUGCUGCGAAACUGUCUCAUCUCUCUGAAAAUGGAGCACUGACAGCCAGACAGCAUCCGGGACGGUCAGGCGAGGCGAGGAGAUUGUGUCGUCUUCCAUUUCGUUGUUACAAUUGUGGCGAUUAUUAUUAUUGUAAUAAUGAAUGUUAUUAUUGUUUGUUAUCUUUUUAUUACUUCACCUAACAUCCAUCUUAGCCUUGCAGUGCUCCCCUAAAUCUGCCCAGCACUUUCUCUUUCUGUCUUGAACCACUGAGCUCCUCAAACCCACUGCCUUCCACACUGCAGCCCAGCACCCUAACCACUGAGCUCCUCAAACCCACUGCCUUCCACACUGCAGCCCAGCACCCUAACCACUGAGCUCCUCAAACCCACUGCCUUCCACACUGCAGCCCAGCACCCUAACCACUGAGCUCCUCAAACCUGCUGCCUUCCACACUGCAGCCCAGCACCCUAACCACUGAGCUCCUCAAACCCACUGCCUUCCACGCUGCAGCCCAGCACCCUAACCACUGAGCUGCUCAUCUGUGCAUUGGGGACGAUCACACAGAGAUGCAAGGGUAUAUAUAUAUAUAUAUAUAUAUAUAUAUAUAUAUAUAUAUAUAUAUUUUAUUGCUCAAUUCUGGGUUAUGCAUUUAAUGACGUACCAUGUGUAUAAUGUAUGUAUGUAUUUAUGUAUGCAUAUAAUGAUGUGUCACAUGUAUAAUGUAUGUAUGCCUGUAAUGACGUAGCGUAUGUUGUAUGUAUGUUCAUGUUGUUACCUAUUCCAGAAGUGAAAUACUGACACACACCAAGCCCUGCUUAUCCAGUCACUGGAGAAAACCAUCUGAAUUAUAUAUAUAUAAUCAUAAUAAUUAAAAAAUAAUUCAAAUGACUACACCUGCCCUCCCAUCAGUCCGAAGGUGAAAUAACAAGAGGCGAUUUUUAAAAAAUCUUUUUAAUAACCAGAAUCGAGUUUCUAAUGUUAACCUUGGUGUUUUUGGUUUUUUGCAUAUACGGUGUAUAAUUCUGUGGGAGAAACGGUGUAGAUAAUUCAAAGAAAAUAUAUUCAAAUGUAGUUUUUGUUUCCUACCCUGUUUCAUUAGUAAAUACACACGUUUACAAAUGCGUGUGGAGGUCUUUUCAAUUUACUACAUUUAUUUGAACAGCAUAUAUAUAUAUAUAUAUAUAUAUAUAUAUAUUGCAUUAAAUAAAUUGCACAUGUAACACAAUUUAUUUUCGAUUACUUACUUGCUAACUUUAUAAUCAAAGUGUUCGAUAAUAAACCGCAGAUCAGAAAUCAACCAAUCGCAGCGAAGUGUUAUUCCAUAAAUUCCAGUACGUCUUAUCCGGUGUGCACAGAACCCCCACACCUGAGUCCAGGUGGUCGAAACAUCCAAACGGAUCACUGCUACCCACCUGGUAACCUUUUCAGAAACUAUCACCACAAAAUUGCAGAUGCAGAAAAGUGUGAAAUCUCUCCACUUUGGACAAGGUGUAUUUUUCAAACACACACACACACCUGGUACCGUUUGGUCCUCUCGCCCAAACUGCGAGACCUCUCUGCAUCGUAAGAAACACCGUACACAUGACGUAUCACUUUAAUAUACUUUUGGCUUUACAGUGCAUUAGAAAGGCUUUUGUAUUGAGAGGAUAAAACCAGCCCUCUCUGGAGCACAGCACUUUAGAGACGGCUGUGUUUACACUACAGAAAAAAAAAGCCGCAAGCGCUAAAAACCGCCUCAAGGCAGGCUUAAAAAGCGGCUAUUGUAAACGGGGUAUAAAAUAAAUUAUUUAUUUACUUCUAGUUACUGUUUGUCAAUUGCCUUACCUGCCCGCUGGGUUAAGCCUAUAAAAAGCCGGUUCCCUGAAUCGGACCCUUUUAAUCCCAGGAGAGAACGAAGAACCAGAAACGGGAACGCGCGCCGCCUCUUUUUGAUAAGCGUGAACGCGCACCUGUGCGAAUCCCGCGUUCAUAAUUAAAACAGUACCUUCUGAAAAUCAUUUUUAAAAGAUAAGAUAAACACAUCUUUUGGCGAAAAAAAAACUAGAUUUUAUUUUUUUUAUGUAUAAAUAAAUAAAUAAAUAAACAAACUUGGGAGGUGUUAAUAGUUUUUUUCUCCGUAUUCAAUUCAAUGUUGUACACAUUCAAUAUUAUAUAUGGUGCAUUUUUUAAUUUUUUUUAUUUAGUCUAUUCCGACUGGUUACAGACAUUCCUGGUAUGUUCAAGUUUAAACAGAUUUAAUCUUAAAGUUUAAAACUUUAAAACCGACACCCCCGUUGGAAAUUAUUUAUGCCAAAAUUAUGACACGUUUAAACACUAUGUAGUUCCAGGUAGAUCCUGUAGAGGGCAGCACAGCACCAGCAGUGCUGACGACACCAUGAAGCUGUGUUUCAGGUGCACCAUUAUCCAACAAGCGUGUUUGUCUAAGGCACGUCACUAUCUGCAUUCCAAUCCACCGCCCCCCCCAAAAAUCUUCCAUUGCUUAAGGCGAUUACUUUUGACUGCUCUCAUGUAAUAAUCUAGCUCAGAAGUGAGGCGCACAAGCGGAGCUAUGAUCUCCCACAUUAACCCCUUCUUGCACUAUUAAGAAGUUGAACUCUUGGAUUCGGAGAAGGGCAUUUAGCACUUCUUUUAAAAUUAUCAAAACUUUCUUUUACUUGACCCAAUUGUCUUCUUUUUUUUUUUUAAGCAGAAGGGCCAGAAGUCUCCCACCAAUAAAGUCCUGCAAAAUUUUCAUUUUUAAAAAUAGGUGCACAAAACAGGUUUUGAACUGCACCACCGAGAGGUCGGAUCCUGUCGUCCAAAUUGUCAAGUUUCCUCCUCUCGAUACUGGAGUCGCUCUCACAUGGAUUUUAAACCGUUUGAAGAAGCAGCACUUAAUUCCUUGUGUACCUGAAGGGGUUAAAAAUUAAUAACUUACACAACUCCCAUUGCUUAGCAGCGUGAUUCAUCCCCGGGUUUCACUACGAUUAAUAGUAAGAGACACACCUGAGCUUGUUACCUAGACACACAGGGGUUAAUCAAACUCCCAGUAGUUAAACCUGGAAUGGGUGACUGCUGCUGUGCAAUAGGAGUCUUAUUCCCAGCCCUGCAAACUUUGCAUUACUCAAAACAGCCUGCAGGGGGGUGGCUGUCUGAGCUCAGCACAACCCAAAACGACAGCAGACAACCCAAGAGCCAAAAACAGGAACACAAUUUAGAAAUGCCAAAAGAAACUUCAAAUUGUCUGGUUUCACAGACUGCGAAAUACUAAUCUUGGUCUGCCUUCACUAAAACAAAACAUUAGGGAGUCCAGGAUUAGUGCGAAUCAGGGUCUGUGAAACCAACAACCGACCUACUCAGAGACAAACUGUUAUUCUAGUCUAAAGGUUAAAUCACUGAACAAAUAUAAUAAAAUGAACUACACAGACUGCAGGCACGGAUCGUGUAUUGUAUUUUUUAUUGAAUGUGGUUAUCAAUGCGGCUUCCAUAUUAGUAAUUCAACUGGGGGGGGGGGGGUACAAAA